CGAAUAUUCCUUUUUAUAGAAUCAUGUUGAAAAAAGUUCCAAAUGAUUAUCAGGUUUGAAUGUACAACUUCAGUGAUGGUGGUUGUUAAGUUGCAAAUGGAAUGACAAUUAACUUGGUUUGGAGAAAAGUCGUUAACCAUAUUGUGGCAUUUCUUGUUAGCAAAUAGAGGACUGCGACAUUUUGAUGUGGUUUUGCAGCCCAAAGUUCGGUUAAAGUAACUAUCAAAUGAUAAACACGAUUGGAUAUGAAUAGUGAAAAUGAAACAGUAAUAAGCAGCCGAAUGAUUUAGUGAUGUAUUUUGCUGUUGAUUUGAUGACAAAAGUAUUCCAUUUCUUGGGCUGCCUCGCCCUGUCUGAGGGUAGUUUUUAUUGAUAAACUGCAUAGCAACAUGAUUUUAUGUACUCUGCCAUGAUAGCAACAAUAAUGUUCAAUGUGAAAAUUAAUAACUAUAACGAUUCCCAAUCAGAUCUUGAUCUGAAAUAGAAUUAUCGAUUUAAGCAAGUUAAUAGCCGUGAAGGUCCCAGACUGCGGUUUCUCCUUCAAAAGAGGUUCUUUUAAAGAAACAACUAUAGUAAGUUAUUGAUCAGAUGUGAACAUCGGCUGAGUUACAACUUUGCGGAGUUGUCAAAGACAAGGAAUUUUCUAACUGUACAGAAUGGCAGCUUUCACUUGAAUCAUGAGAUGUGCCAGUAGGAGACGGAUUAUCGCCUGCCUUGCUGUCAUCCUCUUUAUUCUAACAAUUGCUGCAUUGUUUUCAAGAAAUUUUAAGCUGCCACACAAUCAUGCUGAUCAUGUGAUUGAUUACUCAAAAUUUGAUAGCAAAAAUUAUCUAGAGGGAUCAGAGAAGGCAGAUAUUUCAAAUCCAUAUGACAGAUAUGCAUUUAAUCAACUAGAGAGUGACAUGAUUCCCCCUGAUAGACCAGUGCAAGAUACAAGAAAUAAACUUUGCAAAGGCAGGACGUUUCAAGAAAAUCUCCCACAGUUUAGUGUCAUUAUUACCUUUCACAAUGAAGCUCGUUCGACAUUACUUAGGACUGUUGAAAGUGUCUUGAACAGAACUCCCGUUUAUCUACUUCAAGAGAUCAUUCUGGUAGACGACUUCAGUGAUAACGCUGAUGAUGGUCGUCUUUUGUUGGUUAUUCCUAAAAUACGACUUCUUAGAAAUGAAAAACGAGAAGGGCUAAUUCGGUCUCGUGUUCGUGGUGCGGACUUUUCCACAACUUCUGUGCUAGUCUUUUUGGAUAGCCACUGUGAAGUUAACAUACAAUGGAUAGAGCCUCUUCUGGAAAGAGUCGUUGAGGACCCUAAAUUGAUUGCAUGUCCUGUCAUUGACAUCAUCAGCAUGGAUGAUUUCAGCUACAAAGAAGCCAUGUCAUCUAUCAAAGGAGGGUUUGAUUGGAGCAUGCAUUUUAAAUGGGACAUGAUGUCACUGAAGGAGCAGAUUCAGCACGAGAAAGCUCCAACGCUUCCUAUCAAAACACCGGUGAUUGCCGGGGGUUUAUUCAUCAUUCAAAAAUCGUGGUUUGAAAAGAUUGGCAAAUAUGAUACGAAGAUGGAUAUAUGGGGUGGUGAAAAUUUGGAAAUAUCUUUUCGAUCUUGGAUGUGUGAUGGCAGUCUAGAAAUUGUUCCGUGCUCCAGAGUUGGUCACGUGUUCCGCUCACACCAUCCAUAUUCAUUUCCAGAUGGGAACAGUAUUACAUACGCAAGGAACACUCGAAGAAUAGCUGAAGUAUGGAUGGACAGUUACAAGAGGUAUUUCUACGCAGCAAGGCCAGGCGUAAGGGGAAGGCCUUAUGGAAAUGUUGAAGAAAGGAGAGAGCUACGUAGAAAGCUGAAAUGUAAAAACUUCAAAUGGUAUUUGGAUAAUGUAUACCCAGAGCUGAGGAUUCCUGAUCCAGAUGACGUCGCCUUUGGGGAGCUUCGUAGGUUAACAUCGAUGCACUGUUUAGGUACGAGUAGUGCCUCUGUCUCAAAUAUAGGAGGACCCAUGCUGUUGACAUGCCAUUCUAGAAGAGGAGAUCAGGAAUGGAUAAUGAAAAGAAAUGGUCAAAUCAAAUCAAGUGUUGGUUUGUGCCUAUCAACAAGAUCAGAUGAUAAAACUGUCAUUCUUGUCAACUGUAGCAUCAGUGAUCAAUCGCAGCGAUGGGAAACCAUGGUUCGUGAUCGAAUAAGACAUUUCCAGUCAGGCCUUUGCAUGACUGCGACGAAAGUCAAGGAAAACACAGAAGGUGUGAUGCUGAUGGUAUGCCAAGAACAUUUCAGAGUUCAAAUGUGGCGCUUCAGCACGUACUUUCUCCCAGGAUGAUAUUUGAACCAUUGCUUUAGUUUCAAAGAGUAGAUUAUUUUUUCAUUUUUAGGGCUUUUCACAAUCGAAUUUAUUAAACUUUGGAUAUUUGGAUAUAUAAUAAAUAGGUGAUAUUAGGUUAAAUUUUUUUUUCAAUAGUAGUCUCAAUGAGACAGUAAGCUUGUAAUGGCUAACAUGAUUGCUGCUGGGAUUGACUGGAAUUUUACAAUCAAAGGAUCUAUUAAGAAUAACUAUGCUGGUUAGGAGGGCGAUAUCUUUGAUUCACUAGAUCUCUCGGGGGUGGGGGAUUGGGUAAUUUGAACCAAAAAAUGCCGAGGACAUGUCGCCAAAAAUAUAGCAAAAUCACCCAAAAAUAUAACAAAAACACCCAAAAAUAUAGCAAAAUCACUCAGAAAUUGUAGAAAAAAUACCCCGUUUUAAGGUUUACGAAGUCAUUUGUUAGUAGCACGGAAGAGACUGAAACACUUCCAGCCCACCCAUAUGGGCGGCAUGAGCCCUUUCAGCUACACAUAAGAGUUAUCCCAUCCGGGUAGGUCAUAUGGAUUAUUGUUCAUAUUUCCCAUCUAUGUAGCCAUAAUUUGUCACAAGCAGUAGAAAUCUAAAAAUUUCCAUUUUCUUAAAAGCACUUGAUAAAAAACUUCCCUAAAAUACUAUUCACGUAGGAAUUUUCCAAUUUUUUCAUCACAACUAUGGUUUUUAUCUUACAUAAACUGAAGAUAGGUUUUUAUAAUUAAAUAGUUUAUUUUAAUUGCUGAUUGUUUAUAAUUUUUAUAAAACUUUUUGGAUAGAGUAAACAGCUUGAAGUUUCAAUUAAAAUUGUUCAUAUUGAAUGAUAGUUUACAAAAUUUAUAGAUGAUAUGUUUUUAUUAAUUAGAUUGUUUUAUGAAUUGGUUGCUCCAAUUGAAACGAUUUGUUUUUAGUUUCUGAAAAGGUGCUGAAUCGACUUCAUACCCUAUUUGAAGAGAAAUUAGCUAAACAAGCCUUUGAUCAUAUAAGGAACAUGACAAUCACCUAUUGUCUAAAACAACGAAAAAUCACAAGGUUUAGAGGUGCAAUUGCCCCCCCCCCCCAGCUGGUAUGUUAAAGAAGACCCUGUUCGAGUUUCUGGUUUCCCCAGAAUUGUCAGACAGAAAUGUUGUAGCCAUAGACCUUCCGUCAAGUGAGGCAUUAGCGAAACAGAGGCUCGUGGAGUAAAUCUAUUGUAGCCAUAGAGUUGAUAAGGCUCAUUAACUGGUCAAAAUGUUUUUG